UAGAGAAGACACACAAAUGGAAAACUGGUGUAUAAAAAUGUUCGGCAUCUCUAAUAAUCAGACUAAUGCAACAAAAACCACAGUGAGAUAUCACCUUGCCCCAAAUAGAGUGGCCACUAUCAUAAAUACAAAAGGAAACUGGGGUUGACCAGCACCUGCUGAGCACUAUUGGCAGGAACUAAGUUAGUGCAGUCACCACAGAACACAGUAUGGAGGUGGACCAUGCCACCCAAUCACCUGGAAGUCCUCUUCUUGGACCACAAAUCACCUAACGUGCUAUCCCUCUUUGUUCUAAGGAUGAAUGGAAAAGUUAAAGCAAGUUACCAUACUUUAUUAAAAAAAUGAAAAAUAGAAUUACCAUAGGAUCCAACAGCACCACCUCUGCAUUUAUAUACCAAUGAUAUGGAAUCAGUAUGUCAAGAUACAUGCCCAGUCCCUUUGUCAAGACAUCAUUACUCACAACAUCCAAGACAUGAAAUCAACCCAAAUGUUCAUCAUCAGAUGAUCAGAAAGAAAAUGUGAUCAAAAACACUGGAAAGAAAGAAAGAAAACAGGAAAUUCUACCUACUCUGUCAUGGAACUUGGAGGACUUCAUGUUUAGAGGAAGAGCCAAGCACACAAAGAGAAAUGCUGCAUGAGCUCAUGCACAGGUGGACUCCAAAUGAAUCUGACUCAUAGGCACAGAAUGAAGUGGUGGCUGUCAGAAGUCAUAAGCUGAGGACCUUGGUAGCUUGGAGAUGGCCAUGAAAUCUCAGGGAGGCAAGAGAAGUAACGCCAUGAAAUCUCUUGCAAAUCUGAUUAGUGUUGUUAAUAAUAGUAAUUGUGAACCAGAGAAAAGGUGGAAAGAAAACAUACAGAAUGGGCAAGUAUUAUCAAAAUGCACAGCAAAAAGGACCAAGUAUUCAAAAUAUGUUCAAAUCAAACACAAAAAUAUGAGCUAGAUAUUUACAGAAGAGUAAAGGAUUGAAAAGAAUACUUCUCCACAGAAAACCACAACUCUCCAACAACCAUAAGCAGAGAUGCUCCAUCAGUCACAGAGAAAGGGACAUCAGAAGCACAGGGACAUGCCACUUGUCAUCCACGGGGAGACUUACACAAUGUCUUUCCUCUUCUUGGAAGAACUCACCAAAGAUAUUCUCUGGAAGAAUGAAACAUAAAGGUCUUCAUUAUUUAGAAGUGCUGUAUGGCAGUUAAAAGAGCAGAUACACCAGCUACAUGGAAGUGGAGAACCACACAGUACUAUCCCAAUUCCUCCUCCUGGGCCUGUCGGAGGACCCAGAACUGCAGCCCAUCCUCUUUGGACUGUUCCUGUCCAUGUACCUGGUCACAGUGCUUGGGAACCUGCUCAUCAUCCUGGCUGUCAGUUCUGACUCCCACCUCCACACCCCCAUGUACUUCUUUCUCUCCAACCUGUCCUUGAUUGAUAUCUGCUUCACAUCUACCAUAAUUCCAAAGAUGCUGGUGAACAUUCAUGCACAUAGCAAAGAGAUUUCCUACUUAGAAUGCCUCACUCAAGUAUAUUUCUUCAUGAUUUUUGUUGGAAUGGAUGAUAUGCUACUGACCAUCAUGGCAUAUGACCGGUUUGUGUCCAUCUGCUACCCUCUAAAAUACACAGUCAUUAUGAAUCCCCGGCACUGUGUCCUCCUGGUUUUGAUGUGUUGGCUCAUUAUGUUAUGUUUCUCCCUGACUCAUAUUCUACUGCUGAAGCAACUGACCUUCUCCAUUGGCACUGAAAUUCCUCAUUUCUUCUGUGAGGUGGCUCAACUUUUCAAGGUGGCCAGCUCUGAUGCCCUCAUCGGCAUCAUUAUUAUGUAUGUUUCAACUUCCCUGGUGAUUGUGUUUCCUGUCACUGGGAUCCCCUACUCCUACUCUCAGAUUGUCUCCACCUUAAUGAGGAUGUCCUCCUCUCUGAGCAAGUAUAAAGCAUUUUCCACCUGUGGGUCCCACCUAUGUGUGGUCUCCUUGUUCUAUGGAACAGCACUUGGGGUUUACCUGAGUUCUGCUGUGGUCCAUUCUCCACAGGGAAGCACAAUUGCUUCAGUGAUGUACACUGUGGUCACCCCCAUGCUGAACCCCUUUGUCUAUAGCCUGAGGAACAAGGAUGUGAAGGGGGCCCUUGGGAGACUCCUCAGCAGAGCAGCCUCUUGUUCUUGAGGGACGGUGUGUACUCUUAAGGUGAACGUGGAUAUCAAUAUCCUGGCUCUUUUUCUCCACUAAUUGACAUGCUUAAUUACCUAUAUCCUCAAAGUACCUAUGAUUUUUCUUCCACAUAUAUUUGUAUUUGUUUUUCUUCUCAAAAUCUGCCUCUGUAGUUCCUUUUGAACAUUUCUUCCCUAUAUGUGGUCCUUAAAGUUUUAAGUUUGGAAUGUUUUCUUGCAGACAGUCCUGUGAUUUCCAGCAUGAUUUAAACACCUACAUUAUGUGCUGACAUGGUGUUCUAUCAAUCUAUUGCUUGAUUUUUCAUGUUCUUCACCUUGAUUUGCUUCUUUCUUGUUUUCCCUAGAAGGAGUGGCAAUAAGGUCAAAGUGCUCACCAUCUCAGGACUCUGCUUCUCUUUCUACAUGUAGAAAUUUAUUUAAUCCCAAAAAUAUUUAUAUGAGGUAUUUUUUCUCAUUCAGUGUCUGGAAGGAAGACCAUGAGGUCAUGCUCCACAAUAACCUCGGACCUGAGUCCAUCCCACUUUUUGUAAGAACAUUUUGGCUGUAUGUAUUUUUAUGUAUUUGUGUCAUUUCUCUUAUUGAUAGACAUCAAAGUUAUUCCACGUGGUGAGAGAAUAAAUAUGAUUUUUAUUUUUUAAAUAUUCUGACUCUUAUUUUGUGGCCUAAGAGACCACCUAUUCUGAAGGCCAUUUCCCCUGCCAUGGAGAUGAAUGUGAAUUAUGUUGCUCUUGGACAAAGUGAUCUAUAAAUGUCUGCAAGGUGCCUUUGUUCUAUACCACAUUUUAACCUACAAGUUUCUGUGCUGAUCUUUUGUCUGAAUGAUCUGUCCAUUGAUGAAAGUGUGUUGUCUAAUUUCCUCAUAUGCUAAAAUAUGUUAUUAGUAUAAUGGAGUCAAUCUCUCCCUGUAUCUAAUAUAUGCUUUUUAUAUAUGGGUGAUCCUGCUUUGGAUAUAUUUCUAUUUAUAAAUCUUUGAUCAUUUGCUGAGUUGAUUCUUCCAUCAUCAUAGAAUUAACUUCCUUUUUUCUUUUAACAAUUUUUGGCUUAAUGACUUUUCUCUGAUAGCAGUCUUUGUGCUAUGAGCAUAAUUUGUCCUGUGUGCUAUUGGCUCUACCUGUGUGGAAUAAGUUAUUUCUUUCCCUUCCUUUUCAAUCUCUUGUGUCUUUUCUGGGGGUGAACCCAGAGGCACUUAACCACCUAACCACAUCCCCAGCCCUUUUUAUUGUUUUAAUUUUAGACUGGGUCUCCCUAAAUUGUUUAGGGCCUCAUUAAGUUGCUGAGGCUGGCUUUGAACUUGCAAUCCUCCAGCUUCAGCCUGCCAAGUCCCUGGGAUUACAGGCAUGUGCCACCACACCCAGAUCAAUCUCUCCUGACUUUACUAGUAAGAUGAGUUUCUUGGGUUUUGGAAGAGGGUUGCCCUUUCAACCAACUUAUAUCUUUCUGUUUCAUUCAUUCAGCUAGUCUAUACUUUGUGUGUAUUGCUUUGGACUGAUCCAAGGACCUUGAACAUGUUAGGAAAAUGUCUACCAGUGAGAUACAUCUCCAAAUCCUCUUACUUUUCAUUAUUGAGACAGGGUCUCACUAAGUUUCUCAGAGUGCUCUCAAAUUAUAAUCCUCCUGCCUCAGCCUCCUGAGUAGUUAGAAUUAUGCAUAUGCACCACUGUAUUUGCUUAACCCAUACCUUUUAAUGGAAUAAUAUAAUUUAUUUGCAUUCAUAGGAGUAGAAGAGAAGAGAAAAUAUUCAUUUUAUACUCAGGGUUUCCUCUUUACAGGAAGCUUGACUGUACUCUGUGUUUUCAUUAUGAAGUUUCAGAGAUGGUAAUAUAAAAUGUCACUUUUAAAAUUGACACAAAAGAUUGUACAUAUUUAUGGGUUACCAUGUGUUAUUUUGAUGCACAUGUAUAUAGGGUAAUGUUCAAAUUAGGGUAAGCAUAUCAUACAUUUAUCACUGCUUUGUAGUGAAUACAUCCAAAAUUCUUUCUUUGAUGUUUUUGCUAUUAUUUAAAGAAACCAACCUGUGUUUUUUAUUUCUAAAAAUGUUUUGCCUAAAUUGUGUAAAUAAGGGAGAAUUAUACAAUCUAUAAAAAGAAUCUGAUGCAAUUUCUAUUUGUGCAAUUCAGAUUUUUUUGUCU